AGAAAAUAUAGAACUUCAAUAUCUUCCAUAUUAAGAAAAAGAAACAAAUAGCGAGUAAAAAUUACAGAGAAAAAGUCAGUCCAGGAGAGAUCCCAAUAUCAUCAGAUCAGUCCCAAGAAAUUGUUGACAUCAUUCUCAUGGAUCUCAAUUCCACUGCAGGGGAGAAUUAUGCCCACCCACAGAUAUGUUUCUUCCAUGUCAUCUUCAAGGCUUCAGCUUUGGCAUUUUACAUACUUUCAGCUCUAUUUUUUGACAGUUUUGUCAUAAUUUUUGUGGUAACUGUUCUUCUGGCUGCACUUGACUUUUGGGUAGUCAAAAAUGUCAGUGGGCGAAUUUUAGUUGGUUUGAGGUGGUGGAAUGAAAUUAAUGAUGAGGGUGAGAGCAUCUGGAAAUUUGAAUGCCUCGACCAGGAGUCACUGGCUCGAAUGAACAAGAAGGACUCUUGGCUGUUCUGGUGGACUAUUUACCUUACUGCUGUAUUGUGGCUUAUCCUUGGAAUAUUCUCCCUCAUCAGGUUUCAAGCUGAUUAUGUCCUUGUUGUAGGAGUUUGUUUGACCCUCAGUGUUGCAAAUAUUGUUGGCUUUACUAAGUGCCGCAAAGAUGCUAAGAAUCAGAUUCAGGCAUUUGCCUCACAAACCAUUGCAUCUCGGUUCUCAUCCUCAUUACAGUCUGCAUUUACUGUUGUCUAAGCAAUUCAGGAAGAUUAAAAAGGGAUCAAAUGCAUAGGAAUUACUAACUUUAUAUGCCCAAGUAUUGUAUUAUGGAUGGAUCAUAUCCGUGUUUGUUCUUUUAUCUCUGGUGGAAAAAUUACUUUUUGAAGACAAUAUGCUUAGCAUAGGGUAAUUGCUGAUACAGGAUACAUUCUAAAAUUUGAGCACUUUUUAGUGAAUGCCCUGUAUUAUUUGCAUUUUUGACUUUUGUCUUUGUAUAUGCUGAAUACCAAAACAUAAAGAUUCUUUGCCUGAUAUAUAUAUUUACACAAGGAAGCUUCUUGUUGGUUGUCUGUUA